AUGGCUGCUCAGGAGAUUGUAGACCAGUGUGCUAACCUGACCUUGGCGGAUGUUGAGGAUGAGGACCUGGCUGUCCGUGUUCCCUACGUACCAGACGCGAACGAACCGGCGGAGGAGGGGUUUUUUGCGGUGGGAAGGGUGCUCACAAACCGGGCUGUUCGCUUUGCUUACUUUCAAGACACCAUGGCAGGUGUGUGGCAGGCAGCCAUGGGUGUGAACAUGCGUGAGCUUCAACCCCGAAGGUUUCUUUUUCGUUUUUAUCACAAAGCUGAUCUUCUGCGUAUACUGAGUGAGGGUCCGUGGGCAUAUGAACAGAGUUUGUUGGUGAUGAAGAGGCUGGAGUUGGGGGAGGAUCCGGAAAUUGUCCAAUUGGAUCAUGCGGAAUUCUGGGUUCAAAUACAUGCUUUGCCGAUAGGGUUCCGUUCGGAGUCGGUCGUUAAUGCAAUUGGCUCGUUUUUGGGGAGGGUGGUACAGGCUGAUGAAAGGAAUUUUGAUGGGUCCUUGAGAACGUAUUACCGUAUUCGGGUGUCGCUGGACAUCACCAAGGCACUCAAGAAGCAGAUGAAGUUAAAACAGGGUGUCGGGAGUUGGGCUAUUAUUGAUUUUAGGUAUGAACGAUUACCUACCUUUUGUUUUUUGUGCGGGUUGAUUGGGCAUGGGGACAGGCAUUGUAGGCUUGCAUUGGAACGUCAUGAUCCAAAAGCUAAGAAGCCUUAUGGUGCUUGGUUGCGGGCGACAUCUCGCCGGGAACCGCCGUUGGUGAAUAUGGGAUGGAUACCACCUGAAACUGCUGCUGAGCGGAAAUCUUGGAAAUCGUCGGCUAUGGGGGGUGAGGCUGGUUACAGUGGUGUUGUUGGGGGGUUUUGGGCAGUGGGGUGGUUACGGAAAAGGGCAGUGGGGGUGAUGUGGGACGAGGCAGUGAGGGUGUUGUGGGGCAUGGCAGUGUAA